AUGGGCCUCCGUAAAUGGAUCAUGCGUCCAAUGAGAGGCCACCAAGUUGGGGUGCCGGACAUAACAACAGGCGGGAGCGGUAUACCGGAGAUAAGGCGUCGACGGUGGACUCUUGCGACGAUUGAUUCAGCGCCCUUCCAGGUCUGGGUAGUAGUAGUAGCUGGGAUCGGCUUCCUAACAGAUUCGUUCGGCCUUUUUGCUUUGAAUGUCGUUACCCCCAUGCUCGGUUAUGUCUACUGGCCUAAUCGCAACGAAGGCGGUAUACCCUCGGUGCCGUCCUCUGUCAAGACAGCCAUGAUGUGUUCCACACUAGCGGGUACAAUGGUCGGCCAGAUAGGAUUCGGCUUCGCGGCAGACAUAUUGGGCCGACGAAAAAUGUAUGGUCUUGAGCUGGUAAUCGUCAUCGUUGGCACAAUGCUGCUGCUCAUGAGUUCGAACGGGGAGAAGAACAGCAUGGCAAUUGGAGGAUGGCUGAUCACCUGGCGAGCGAUCAUGGGGAUCGGUAUCGGGGCGGACUACCCUUUGAGUGCUGUCAUUACUGCCGAGUUCGCACCUCGCAAACAUCGUGCGCGAAUGUUGAGCUGGGUUUUCUUCGCCCAACCUGUUGGACAGCUGCUCGCCAAUGUUCUAUCACUUGCUGCAGUGGAGUCGUACAAGCCAUGGAUCAAGGAGGCCACGCAGUCUUGUCAGCCUGCCGACUUGGAGUGCUUCCGAGCUAUCGAUCGACUUUGGAGGCUCGUAGUUGGGAUCGGCAUUGUGCCGGCUCUCAUCGCUCUGCUGUUUCGAUUCACGAUACCAGAGAGUCCGAGGUAUACGCUGGACAUCUUGCAAAACACAAAAAGCACCCUCGAAGAUACGGCGAACUACUUUGGUGCGCCCGGAACAGACCCCGAACAUGGCGAGAGGGAACUGCUAGAUCUGGCUGUAACACAGGAAGUUUCGAGGCCUGUAUCGAGGCAAUCGACCAACGCUUCGGUGAUUGCACCCGACGAGGAGAUUGAGAGCGACAGUGACUCCGGACACCGACUCAGUGACGUACAUCUUCGUCCCGCCGCAGCGCCUCGCGGCCGGCUUCCUCCAGGCGACCCGGAUUUUGUUCCUCCACUUGCCUCGUGGGCCGACGCAAAACAAUUCUUUAUAGCGGAGAAAAACUGGCAGUACCUUCUAGGAACGUCGUUGGCCUGGCUGUUUCUCGAUUUCGCGUUCUAUGGGUUGGGCCUCUCUUCACCAGAAAUUGUCAGCCACAUCUGGCAGGGAAACAACAACAGCAGAUCUUCCGUCUACCAGACGUUGAGUGAUAAUAGCAAACACACCCUGGUGAUGGUUUCCAUAGGGACAGUUGUCGGCGGCCUGCUAAUGAUCAAGAUUGUCAAGCAUGCUUCGCCAAAAGUGAUUCAGUUCUGGGGGUUCUUGGUUCUAUUCGUUCUCUUCAUCGUAACCGGAAGUGCUUGGACCAACCUACUCGACAGCAGUCGCUCGGGACUCAUUGUGCUUUACGUGCUCAGCCACAUCGCCUUCAACCUGGGACCGAAUGUGACGACUUUUAUUAUCCCUGCCGAAAUAUUCCCUACGAGGUACCGGUGCACCUGCCACGGCAUAGCUGCGGCUAGUGGCAAACUCGGGUCUUGGGUGGUGCAAGUCUUUCUGGCAUAUGCAUUCCAAUCCGACAAAUCCGAACCCACAAGCGAUUUUGAAUGGGAACGCAAGAAUUUCGGACAUAUCCUGCAAGUAAUGAGCGCUUUCAUGCUCGCAGGUGCCGUAACAACAUAUUUCUUGGUCCCGGAAACAAGAGACCACGAUAACAAGAGUCGGACACUGGAGGUUUUGGCGUGUGGCAAGAAGGUUAUCGAUGAGCUGAACCGCCAGCGGAAGAAGGAAGAUGAAGACGACUGA